AUGCAAACCCCCACAAUGGAACCUAACAUGGAAUCCCUUAUUGAAGUUGAAUCUGUGAAAGACCCAAACAUGGAACCCCUUAUUAUAGAACCCUUUAGUGAAGCCCUGGGUGGAUCUAGUUAUAGUGAGGGUAGUGGAGAUUCAAGUGAUAGUGAUCUCAUUGUGGAUGAGGAUAACUUGUUGGAUGAUCCUCAGGUGGACAUGCAUGAUUUCUACCUCAACAUUGAUGAUAAUUUGGAGUGGGUUGGUGAUGCCCCUAUUACAAUAGAGAAUGUAGCAAUGUGUGAUGAGGAGACGAAGAUGAUCAACACUGAUGUUUUGCAAUCUGAGUCAUCAUCCGAUGAAGGGAAAAUGAGUAAAAGAAGAAAUAAAAUUCGGGCUACUGAAAGGGCACUGAUAAAUGAUGCAGCUCAAGUGAGUGACCCUUUCUACAUACUUCAAACAUUCUUAAGUUCUAAGGAAGCAAAAGACAUAAUUUACUUGCAUGCAAUAGAGACAAGAAGAGAAUUGGAUAUUGUCAAGAAUGAUAAAAACAGGGCCAGGGUAGUAUGUAAAGGAACAAUACCAGAUAUGGGGAUACUUGAGACUUCUAGGAAAGGUGGACCAAGUAAAACUAGUGGGAAAGGUGGGCCAAGUCAAAGGAACAUAAAUGGUGGACCCAGUCAAACGUGUGAAAAAGGAGGACCAAGUAAAAAGAAAAGUGCAGUGAAAGUAGAUGAAAGCAAUAAGUGCCCUUGGAAACUUUUCGUAAGUAAAUGGAAAAAGGAUGAUGAUUGGACUGUGAAAAUGUAUGAAAAGGAGCAUAAAUGUCUCCAAACAAGAAAAAUCAAAGCUUGUAAUUACAAGUUUCUUUCCAAACAAAUUCUUGAGCAGUUGGAGUCUAACCUAGAAAUACAAUCAGGGCUUUAA